AUGAAGAAACAAUUACAGAAACAAUUACCUUUUGAAUUAAAAAAUGAUAUUUUCAGAUUUUUGCCAAUCAGAAAAUCAAUUUUAUUGAUAACAAUUUCAUCUAAUAUUUAUUUAGUAAAUAAAAAAUUUAUUAAAAAAAUUUGGGAAAAGAAUAGGCCUUUAACAACAAAAGAAUGGGCUAACCUUUUAACAAAAAUGAGAAAAUAUUGUAAAGAAGGCAAAAUACUUAAAGAGAGCAAGCAUUAG